AUGUCGGCAGAAUCGAUGGCAUUGGAUCCUAAUGAUCCAGAGAUAAAAGAAUCGCUGAAAUAUUUGGUUUUACCAACGGAAGAAAAACUCAAAUUACGUUCUCAACCAUUUGAUGCUAAGAAAGCAUGUUGGAUUCCCGAUGCAAAAGAAGUAUAUAUUGCUGGUGACAUUGUUGAAACCAAGGGAGACACUACUAUCGUAGAAACAGCUAAAGGAGAGAAAGUUACAGUAAAAACUGAUCUCAUUCAACAAAUGAAUCCUCCUAAAUAUUCAUGUUAUGAUGAUAUGGCUGAUUUAACAUAUUUGAAUGAUGCUUCAGUCUUUGCCAAUUUACGUGAACGUUAUUCACGAUGGCUCAUCUAUACAUAUUCGGGUCUCUUUUGCGUCGUAAUCAAUCCAUUCAAACGUCUUCCUAUCUAUACAAUGAAGGUAGUUAUGAUGUAUCGUGGCAAGAAACGUACUGAAGUAGCUCCUCAUUUGUAUGCCAUUUCUGACAAUGCAUAUUCAAAUAUGCUUCGUGAUCGUGAAAAUCAAUCUAUGUUGAUUACUGGUGAAUCGGGUGCUGGAAAGACUGAAAAUACCAAGAAGGUUAUUCAAUAUUUUGCUUUGGUUGCCGCUACAACCGACAAGAAAAAGGACGAAGCUGCUGCUGCUUCUGGAAAACCGCAACAGACACUUGAAGAUCAGAUUGUGGCUGCUAAUCCAGUUUUAGAAGCUUAUGGUAAUGCAAAAACUACUCGAAACAACAACUCUUCACGUUUCGGUAAAUUCAUUCGAAUUCACUUUGGCCCAACAGGAAAAAUUGCUGGCGCUGAUAUUGAAGUCUAUCUUCUUGAAAAAUCACGUGUUACCUUUCAGCAACCAGCUGAACGUAAUUACCACAUUUUCUACCAAAUGUGUUCGGCUGCAUUUCCCGAAGUGCAAAAGGAUUGUCUUCUUGAACCUGAUGCAUCAAAAUACUUUUUCGUUGCUCAAGGCAUGUUGACAAUCGAUGGUAUCGAUGAUACAGAAGAAAUGAGAUUGAACGAUGAAGCUAUGGACGUUCUUGGCUUCACACCGCCUGAAAAAGCUAACUUGUACAGAUGUACAGCAGCUAUUAUGCAUUUUGGUAAUUCUCAAUGGAAACAACGACCUCGGGAAGAACAAGCAGAACCCGAAGGUACAGAAGAAUGUGAAAAGGUGGCACAUUUACUUGGCAUUGAAGCUGCAGAUCUUAUCAAAGGUCUCGUCAAACCACGUAUAAAGGUCGGAAACGAGUUUGUUAACAAAGGUCAAAGCAAAGAUCAAGUAACAAAUUCAGUCGGUGCUUUGUCGAAAUCGAUCUACUUUCGCAUGUUCUGCUGGUUAGUCGAACGUGUCAACGUUACUCUCGAUGUUAAAGCAAAACGACAAUAUUUCAUUGCUGUCCUCGAUAUUGCUGGUUUUGAAAUUUUCGAUUAUAAUGGUUUCGAACAAUUAUGUAUUAAUUAUACAAAUGAACGUCUUCAACAAUUCUUCAAUCAUCACAUGUUCGUGUUGGAACAAGAAGAAUAUAAGAAGGAAGGUAUUAAUUGGGUCUUCGUCGAUUUUGGUAUGGAUUUACAAGCUUGUCUUGAUUUGAUUGAAAAGCCUAUGGGUAUUCUAUCAAUUCUUGAAGAAGAAUGUAUCGUCCCUAAGGCAACAGACAAAACAUUUGUUGAGAAACUUUAUAGUCAACAUUUGGGUAAACAUCCUCAAUUUGGUAAACCAAAACCAUCCAAAGGCAAAGCUGAAGCUCAUUUUGAUAUUCAUCAUUAUGCUGGUACUGUAUCUUAUACAGCCACAGCCUGGCUCGAAAAGAACAAGGAUCCAAUUAACAAUACUGUUGCUACUUUGUUCGCUAAAUCGAAGAAUUCAUUGUUGAGUCAUUUGUACCAAGAUGUCCUAGAAGCUGAAGAUGGCAAAGGUGGAGGUGGUAAAAAGAAGGGAGGAGGUAGUAUGCAAACUAUCUCGUCUGUUCAUCGAGAACAAUUGAACAAAUUGAUGAACACAUUGAAGCAAACUCAUCCUCACUUCGUACGUUGUAUCAUCCCCAAUGAAAUCAAGACUGGUGGUGUUCUUGAUGCUCAUCUUGUAAUGCAUCAAUUGACAUGUAAUGGUGUGUUAGAAGGUAUUCGUAUCUGUCGAAAAGGUUUCCCUAAUCGUAUGAUUUAUGCUGAAUUCAAACAACGUUAUUCAAUCUUGGCACCCAAUGCCAUUCCCAAAGGUUUUGUUGAUGCCAAGAAAGCUACUGAAGAUAUUCUUAAGGAUGUUGCUUUAUCCGAAGAAUUAUAUCGAUGUGGUAACACCAAAGUCUUCUUCAAAGCUGGAACACUUGGUCAAUUAGAAGAUUUACGUGAUCAAGCCUUAUCUAAAAUCAUUUCUACAUUACAAGGUCAAAUUCGUGGUUUUAUUAUGCGUAAAAAUUAUAAAAAGAUGUUGGAACAACGUUUGGCCUUGUCCGUUGUUCAACGCAAUCUUCGCAAAUACUUAUCAUUACGUAAUUGGGCAUGGUGGAAACUUUACACGAAAGUUAAACCAUUGCUUUCAGUUGCUCGUCAAGAAGAAGAAAUGAAGAAGAUUGAAGAAGAAUAUAAAGCACUUAAAGAAGCAUUAGAAAAAGAAGAAAAAUUACGAAAAGAAGUUGAAGAUGCUAACUCAAAAUUAGUUCGAGAGAAAAAUGAUUUAUAUCAACAACUUGAAUCUGAACGAUCUGGUUCAUCAGACGCACAAGAAAAAUAUACACGAUUAGUCACACAAAAGGCUGAUCUCGAACAACAAGUAAAAGAUUUAGAAGACCGUUUUAGUCAAGAAGAAGAAAGUUCUCAAGAAUUAAAUAAUAAAAAGAAGAAAUUAGAACAUGAAAUUGACGGCUUGAAGAAAGACAUUGAUGACAUACGUUUGAAUUUACAAAAAGCUCAAAAUGAAUGCAAAACACGUGAUAAUCAAAUCCAUACAUUACAAGAUGAAAUUGCUCGUCAAGAUGAAACAAUUGCUAAAGCUACACGUGAACGUAAACGUCUUGAAGAACAAAAUACAAAGACAACUGAACAAUUACAAGCUGAAGAAGAUAAAGUGAAUCAUUUAAAUAAAUUAAAAACCAAACUUGAACAAACCCUAGAUGAAUUAGAAGGAAGUCUUGAACGUGAAAAGAAAUCUCGUGCUGAUUUAGAUAAAUCAAAACGAAAACUUGAAACAGAUUUAAAAGCUGUUCAACAAAAUUUAGAAGAUUUUGAACGAUCAAAACGUGAAUUAGAAGAAAAUCUUAAACGUAAAGAUCAAGAAAUUCAACAAAUGAGUGGACGUCUUGAAGAUGAACAAGGACAAGCAACAGGUCUUGGAAAGAAAAUCAAAGAAUUACAAUCACGUAUUGAAGAAUUAGAAGAAGAAGUUGAAAAUGAACGACAAUCACGAACCAAAACCGAAAAACAACGAGCUGAUUUAGCACGGGAAAUCGAUGAAAUGAAUGAUCGAUUACAAGAAGCUGGUGGUGCAACAUCAUCACAAGUUGAAAUGAACAAAAAACGUGAAUCAGAAUUACAAAAACUUCGUCGUGAUUUAGAAGAAGCUAAUCUUCAACAUGAAGCAACAGCUGCACAACUCCGUAAGAAACAUCAAGAUGCUGUUACUGAAAUGGGUGAACAAAUUGAUCAAUUACAAAAAUUGAAAAUCAAAUUAGAAAAAGAAAAACAAACAAUUAAAUCCGAAACAGGUGAUUUACGUACACAAGUUGAACAUUUACAAAAAGGUAAAGUAGCUGCUGAAAAACUUUCAAAACAACUUGAACAACAAUUAAAUGACAUCCAAGUUAAACUUGAAGACCAUGUUAAACAAAUCGCUGAGUUGAAUAAUAAUAAAUCUAAAUUAACCAGUGAAAAUACUGAAUUAACUAGACACAUGGAAGAAUAUGAAAGUCAAAUUGCAACUUUAACUAAAGCCAAAACAACUUUACAACAACAACUUGAUGAAGCUAAACGAACAAUCGAUGAUGAAUUACGUGGCAAAGGAUCAGUUACUUCACAAAUCCGUAAUUUAACUGCCGAUCUUGAACAAGCACGUGACCAACUUGAUGAAGAACAAGAAGCUAAGAGUGAAUUUCAAAAACAAGUUACUAAACUUAAUGCUGAAGUUCAACAAUGGCGAUCUCGUUUCGAAUCAGAAGGUAUGUCUCGUGGUGAAGAACUCGAAGAAGCUAAACGUAAAUUAGCUUCGAAAUUAACUGAAGCUGAAGAACAAGUCGAAGCUGCAUUAAACAAAUGUAAUGCAUUAGAAAAAGUUAAAUCACGUCUUCAAGGUGAAGUCGAAGAUCUUAUGGUUGAUGUUGAACGUGCUAAUGCUAAUGCAUCUGCUAUGGAUAAAAAACAAAGACAAUUUGAUAAAUUGAUCAAUGAAUGGAAACAAAAAUGUGAAGAUAUCACAAUUGAACUUGAAACAUCCCAAAAAGAAGCACGAAACUUCUCAACAGAAUUAUUUAAACUUAAACAACAAUAUGAAGAAUCACAUGAACAAAUUGAUGCUCUUAAAAAAGAAAAUAAGAACUUAGCUGAUGAAAUUAAGGAUCUUAUUGAUCAAUUAGGUGAAGGUGGAAAGAAUGUUCAUGAAUUAGAUAAAGCUCGUAAACGUGCUGAAUUAGAAAAAGAAGAAUUACAAGCUGCAUUAGAAGAUGCUGAAUCAACACUUGAACAAGAAGAAGCUAAAGUUCUUCGUGCUCAAAUGGAAUUAAGCACAGUUCGACAAGAAAUUGAUCGACGAAUUCAUGAAAAAGAAGAAGAAUUCGAAAAUACAAGACGUAAUCAUCAACGUUCACUUGAAUCCAUGCAAGCAAGUUUAGAAGCUGAAGCACGAUCAAAACUUGAAGCACUUAAACAAAAAAAGAAACUUGAAUCAGAUAUUAACGAACUUGAAGUAGCACUUGAUCAUGCUAAUCGUACAAAUGCUGAUUUACAAAAAACAUUAAAACGUGUUCAACAAAAUAUCACUGAAUUACAAGCACAAGUUGAAGAAGAACAACGACAACGUGACGAAGCACGUGAAGUUGCUAUCGCAGCUGAACGUCGUGCUAAUGUUAUCACUGGUGAACUUGAAGAAUUACGUACAGCUUUAGAACAAGCUGAACGUGCACGUAAAGCAGCUGAAAGUGAAUUACAUGAUGCUGCUGAUCGUAUUAGUGAUGUUAGCACACAAAAUGCUAAUUUAUCUUCACAACGACGACAACUUGAAUCAACAAUUGCUGCUAUGCAAGCUGAUUUGGAUGAAGCUGUUAGUGAACUUAAAAAUAGUGAAGAAAAUGCUAAGAAAGCCGGUUCAGAUGCAACACGUCUCGUUGAAGAAUUACGUCAAGAACAAGAACAUGCUUUACAAGUUGAACGAUUACGUAAAGGUCUUGAACAACAAGUUAAAGAUCUUCAAACACGUCUUGAUGAAGCCGAAGGAAAUUCACUUAAAGGUGGUAAACGUGUUAUUGCUAAACUUGAACAACGCAUUCACGAAUUAGAAAGUGAAAAUGAAUUGGAACAACAUCGUCAUCAAGAAACACUUAAAGAAUUACGUAAAAAUGAUCGUCGUUUGAAAGAACUUGCCUUCCAAACAGAAGAAGAUCGUAAAAAUCAAUUACGUUUACAAGAUCUUUCAGAAAAAUUACAAGCCAAACUUAAAGUCUAUAAACGACAAGUUGAAGAAGCUGAGGAAAUUGCUGCACUUAACUUAGCUAAAUUCCGCAAAGCUCAAACAGAACUUGAAGAAUCAGCUGAACGAGCUGACCAAGCUGAAAAUCAACUUGGCAAAUUACGUUCAAAAAAUCGAUCAUCUGUUAGCAUGGGUCGAACUUCCUCAUCUCAUGACGUUCAUGAAUCAUCAACAUUACGAGCAUCAUCAACAAUGCGUGCUAGUUCAUCAGUUCGUCAACGCUAA